CCGACACCAUGGUAUCCCGUAGCUCCCCCGUCACCGCUUCCGCCGUCGUCGCUACAGUCGUUGUCGUCCUAGUGUGUCUAGCGUCCUCGGCUUCCGGCUCGUGUUUGAGCUACGGUCACUCAUGCUGGGGAGCACACGGGAAGCGGAGUGGGGCGGCUAACACGCAAUGGUUCAUAUCAAGGCUGGCGCCGAGACAACUGGAGUCCCAGUGGAUACCAAAGGUGGCGCAGGAAUCCCCAGAAGAUCUCAGUUCCAGGAGAUCAUCUGGGGAGGCUUCGCUGAUCCUCCCAGCAGACUCCGAUCUCCCUGAUGACAUGCUGGGCUCUGAUGACAAACAGGUGAUCAUCAUGGAGCAGCCUCCCAGACUUUACAAAAUACUGAAUCACUUACCGAGCAAGUUGGAGCGGAAGUAGUGGAUUGUUGUCCUAAAACACCUAACCUUCAUUAACAUAACACUAUGUGUGUGUGGCUGUGUUCCUCAAUAAAUGUUCAACUAGCUGUCUUUUGAAAUA